AUGGAUAAUAAGGCGUUGGAACCGGACUCUGUGAGUCUCCCCAUGGAGGAGGCCGUCAUGUGUAAUGGCAGCAGCCAGCCUCAGUCUCAGCAGGAUGCGUCCCUGUUGUCUCACCUGAAGAAGGUCGAGAACCAGAUGAGUGAAGCUCAGCGUUUCUCUCACCUGCCCAAACGCUCGGCCGUGGACCUGGAGUUCAUCGACCUCUCCUACACCAUCCAGGAGGGGCCGUGCUGGAGGAGGAGAGGUUUUAAAGCCUUACUGAAGUGUCUGUCUGGAAGGUUCUGCACUCGAGAGCUGAUAGGGAUCAUGGGGCCCUCAGGGGCCGGGAAAUCCACGCUAAUGAACAUCCUGGCCGGAUACAGGGAAACAGGGAUGAAAGGUCAGAUCCUGGUAAACGGGAAACCCAGGGACCUGAGGAAAUUCAGGAAAAUGUCCUGCUACAUCAUGCAAGAAGACAUGCUGCUGCCUCACCUCACUGCACGAGAGGCCAUGAUGGUGUCAGCCAACUUAAAACUGGAUGAAAGUAUGGAUGUGAAGAGAAAACUGGUGAAUGAGAUUCUGACUGCGCUAGGCCUCCUGGACUGCGCUCACACUCGUACCAGCUCACUGUCGGGGGGGCAGUGUAAACGUCUGGCCAUCGCCCUCGAAUUGGUCAACAAUCCUCCCGUCAUGUUCUUUGACGAGCCCACCAGUGGCUUGGACAGCGCGUCCUGCUACCAGGUGGUCUCACUCAUGCAGUCUCUGGCUCUGGGAGGGCGGACCAUCAUCUGCACCAUCCACCAACCCAGCGCUAAACUGUUUGAGAUGUUUGACAAGCUUUACAUCCUCAGUCAGGGUCAGUGUAUCUACAAAGGCACUGUACCGUACCUCAUCCCUUACCUGAAGACUCUGGGCCUCUAUUGCCCCACCUACCACAACCCUGCAGACUUCAUUAUUGAAGUAGCAUCAGGAGAGUAUGGGGACUUGAACCCGGUGCUGUUUGAGGCGGUCCAAGGAGGACUGUGUGCAAUAGAGGAGAAGAAGAACCACAGUGAUACCAACGGCCCGUCAGUCUGUACAACAAAGUACCCCAUGGACGGACAAACCGAGAGCCAUACUUUUGCAACGAGCACACUUACACAGUUCUGCAUCCUCUUCAGGAGAACCUUCAUCACUAUAUGUCGAGACCAGGUUUUGACCCACCUCAGACUGAUCUCCCACAUCGCCAUCGGUGUCUUGAUAGGUUUGCUCUAUCUGAACAUCGGCAACGAUGCCAGCAAAGUCUUUAACAACACCGGCUUCCUCUUCUUCUCCAUGCUCUUCCUCAUGUUCGGAGCGCUCAUGCCGACCGUGUUAACCUUUCCUCUGGAGAUGUCCGUCUUCCUGCGGGAGCAUCUGAACUACUGGUACAGCCUGAAAGCGUACUACCUGGCCAAGACGAUGGCUGACAUCCCGUUCCAGGUGAUCUGCCCCAUCAUGUACUGCAGCAUCGUGUACUGGAUGACGGAGCAGCCCCCUGAGGUCAGUCGGUACCUGCUCUUCAUCGCUCUGUCCAUCUGCACUGCUCUGGUGGCCCAGUCUUUAGGCCUGCUGGUCGGAGCGGCCUCCACCUCUCUACAGGUAGCCACAUUUGUUGGACCUGUCACAGCCAUACCUGUGCUGCUGUUGUCUGGGUUCUUUGUGAACUUUGACACAAUCCCCAAGUAUCUGCAGUGGAGCUCCUAUGUGUCGUAUGUCAGGUACGGCUUUGAAGGGGUUAUCCUGUCCAUCUACGGGAUGAACCGAUCGGAGCUGGAGUGUCCCGGGAAGGUGUGCAAGUUCCAACAGCCCGAGGAGGUUCUGCAGCUACUGGAUGUGGAAGAUGCAAAGCUCUACAUGGAUUUCAUCGUGCUGGGCAUCUUCUUUGUCAUUUUUCGGGUGGCCACCUACCUUGUCCUCCGCUACAAAGUCAAGUCUGAACGAUAGGUUUUUGAAUAGCUCCUCAUCAAACUCUCAAGGGACUCCCUGACGUCAUUCCAGACCUGGUCUUUUUUCUGUGCACCAAAAACAACCUCUCCUUUGUGGGCAUCAUUUCCUUUCGCUGCUAAAAGGACAGAACACGUUAAGACCUGUUCUACUGCUGCGGAGGGCAGUGACUGACGAUGCAGAGCAGUGAGGAAUCAUCUCGUAAACCGACAUGGACAUGUUUUACCUCAGACGGCAGGACUUAAAUCCUGCACACAAAGCCGUAUAUGCAGUGAGGAGGACAAAGAGACUGAGCCACUUUCAGCAGCUUUAACUGCACUUUUCAUAUUCCUGCAAGGCGGAUGUGAUGCAGUAGCACUUAUUAGAGUGGAAGUGCAUGUUUAUCUUACACCAUGCACCCCCAUUCUGUCUGGAUGUGAGAAAUUCGGUGCACAAAACUGCCCCUUUGAGAAAAAGACUGUUUCUACUGAUCUAUUAGGGCUUGUGUCCACAUGGUGUUGUUUUCUGACACAAAAGGACUGGAAGGUGAGGUUAAGAGAAAUAAACCCAACACCGACCUUUUGUUUCUAACAUAAGGCCAACAGCCUUUGUGAGAUGAAACUAUUAUCCUUUGCCUUUUAGUAUCGAUCCUUCUUGUAAUCUCAGCAACAUAUUAAGAAAAAGAGUGCUAUUACUGAAUAACCGCACGCUUGCGAUUGGUCCUGCCAUAGAUCAUCACAGCAUAUUCAGGACAACAUUGAGACCUUCUGUUCUUAAAGCAGCAUAUGGAAACAAUAAGCAACCUCAGAUCUUAAAUUUGUGUUAAUUAUCAAUUAAUCAGACUCCAUCCACAAAGCUUACAAAGUGGAACAGGACUUUAGUUCUGCAACAUGUACACGAGGGAUGGUCCAUACAGGUCCUUCCACAGAGCACUGAGUUGUAAACAUACAAAAAUGGCUAACACACAAAUGUUUGUGUGGAAGAAUGAUGUGGAAGGGUUGAUACUCCAAGUGAUCCUACACUUCAAAGUGAGUUUCAAGGAAAUGUGGACUAGGAGUUAGCAGCACAGAACUUGGGCCGUUGUUGUAGUCCACAUCUACUUGUCCAUGACUGUUACUGUAAAGUGCCUCGGUCAAUCAAUCAAUCUUUAUUUGUAGGGCGCCAAUUCAUAACAAAUGUUAU